AAAUGAGAAAUCCAAUCCAAUCCAAUAUAUAUUAUCAUUCAUUUAUCGAUCGAUUCGUUAACACUGGUGGUUAGAUUUGAUUGAUUGGUUGAUUGAUUUUUUUUACUCUUCAAAGUUUUGAUUCAUUCAUUAAAAUCUAUUCAUUAUGAUUCGAAAAAUAUGGCCCUUGAAUUCGGGCCGUCAACAAGCAUAUAUAAUUAAUUAUUCAUUUGAUGAGAAUGAAAAUUUAUUCAUUACUAAUGAUGAUGAUUAUAAUGAUUUAUCCGGUGAUUUUAGUUCCAGUGGUUUUAUAAAAAUGGCCAAAACAACAACAACAACGAAUAAUCCACAAAUACGUGCAGCUGAUAAUGAUCAUGAACGUAUGAUACGAGUAUCGGAAGAGGUGGCUGAACAAAUAACCGGACGUUAUAGGCGAAUAUCGGCAACACAUGAUGUACUUGAUGAAGAUAUCCGUAAUGCUGUUGAACAACGGCAAAGACAUCGAAUGUUGGAAAAAUCUUCAAGUGCUAAUGCCAUUUUGAAUCCAUCAUCUGGUAAAAGUGGUACUGGUGGUGGCGGUGGUGGUGGUGUUGUCGGUAGUAGUGAUUGUCGAUCAUCAACAUCAUCAUCAUCAUUAUUGGCAUCUGGAUUAUCUAAACCGGCCGUAUUAAAAGCUGCUGCUGCAUCGGUCAUUCCACAUUCACAUUUACAUCAAUCAUAUCGUAUUCGUCAUUUAAAAGAAACAUUAACACGUUCACCACAUAAUUCACGACGUAAAUUAUUACAAGAUCUUGCAGCACAAUUAGCCAUGUCAAGUAGUGAACAACAUUCAACAACAUCGGAUUCAUCAACACUUUCAUCCGGUAUUGGAAAUUGGCCAAAUAAUGUUGAUGAUUAUGAAGUUGGUGAAAUUAUUGGUAUCGGUGCUACGGCUGUAGUGCAUGCAGCAUAUUGUAAAACAAGAAAAGAAAAAUGUGCCAUCAAAAAAAUUAAUCUAGAAAAAUGGAACACAUCGAUGGAUGAAUUGUUGAAAGAAAUUCAAGCAAUGUCUGCAUGUAAUCAUGAUAAUGUUGUUACAUAUUAUACAUCAUUUGUUGUUAAAGAAGAACUUUGGUUAGUUAUAAAAUUAUUGGGCGGUGGUUCAUUAUUGGAUAUUAUUAAACAUAAAAUCAAACAUGAUGAUUGUCGCCAUGGUGUAUUCGAUGAAGCUACUAUUGCAACAGUUUUACGUGAAGUGUUAAAAGGAUUGGAAUAUUUUCAUGCAAAUGGACAGAUUCAUCGUGAUAUUAAAGCUGGUAAUAUUCUAUUGGGUGAUGAUGGUUCCGUUCAAAUUGCUGAUUUCGGUGUCAGUUCAUGGCUAGCCACAGGUGGUGAUUUAUCCAGGCAAAAAUCUCGUCACACAUUUGUUGGUACACCAUGUUGGAUGGCACCUGAAGUAAUGGAACAAGUUACUGGAUAUGAUUUUAAAGCCGACAUAUGGAGUCUUGGUAUUACAGCCAUUGAAUUAGUGACCGGCACGGCUCCAUAUCAUAAAUAUCCACCAAUGAAAGUUUUAAUGUUAACAUUACAAAAUGAUCCACCAACAUUGGAAUCAGUGUCCGAAGAAAAAGAUCAAUAUAAAAACUUUGGCAAAUCAAUACGUAAAUUCAUACUGGAAUGUUUACAAAAAGAUCCAAACAAACGGCCUACAGCAACCGAAUUAUUGAAACAUCAAUUUUUUCGUAAAUCAAAGGAUCGAAAAUAUUUACAAAAUACAUUGUUAACAAUUGCUCCAACCAUUGAAGAACGUUCAAAAAAAGCUCGUACUAGUCGCCGUGCACAAGGUGCAAGUGGACGUCUUCAUCGUACAGAAGCUGGUGAUUGGGUUUGGUCAUCAUCGGAUGAAGAGGAUAAUAAUAAUCAACAAGAACAAAAUCAAAAUAAAAAACCGAAUCCAGAUAAUAAUAAUAGUAAUGAAUCAUCACCAACCGUCACUAAUAUUUCUAAUGUGAAUAAUAAUGCAACCACAACCAUCACUAAUGAUUCGACAUUAAUGCCUACAAUGCCUAAAGAAAUCCCUAAUGAAUCAUCGGUGAUGGUACAAGUUCAAGGAGAUUCGGUUCCAACAGCAACAACAACAACAACAGCUGCAUCUGUAUCGGAGCAAUUAGUGAGUCAGAAUCAACCGCCGUUGCCAUCUACUACAACGACCGUUGAGGCAGAUAAUUUUCAACAACAGCAGCUGCAGCAACAGCAACCAUUGAAUGAUGAUGUUCCGAUCAAUCUUGUAUUGCGUAUCCGUAAUUCUAAACGUGAAUUGAAUGAUAUCCGUUUUGAUUUCACUGUUGAUAAAGAUACUUCAAAUGGUAUUGCACAGGAACUGGUAUCGGCCGGUCUUGUUGAUACAAAAGAUUUUGAACCAGUGGCACAGAAUCUACAGAAAUUAAUACUGGAUCGUGCAAAAAUGAAGAAUAUUGUCUUUCCAUUGAAUUCUUGUGACAAAAGUGAACCAUUGGAUGAAAAAACAUUGACCGGUUUUGCACAGAUAUCGAUAUCAUAGAUCACAAGCAGUCAAUCAAUCAAUCAAUCAAUUGAUUGAUUUUUUUUUUCGAUUUAAACGUUGGAAAUUUUCUUCAUUUCAAAAAAAUCAAUUAUUUAUUCUACACACAGGAAAAUGAGUCAUGAAAUAGCUUGACUCAUUUUCCUGUGUAAUAUAUAUAUUAUUAUUACAUUGAUUGAUAUUGCAUGACUUUUGAUUUUAA